CCGUCGCUAGGUGAUGAUGACAUUGAGCGCGACACACAACGACAACAACAUAGCUCUAGUUGUGUAAGCGUCCGAGGAGGACAGCAGAAAGAAAGGUCUCUGCAGACAUGUCUCUUCUGCAAUUAUGUGCUCCGGCCAGCAAACUUGUACUGUCCAAGAGUUUAUUUACUGAGUCCGUCUUUACAGGUUUUUCCCGUGCAGCCAGCGGAGCGGUGAAGGACAAGGAGCCGCUGAAGAAAGCGAAAACUCCGCAGGGUCGGUUUGACGGCCCCGAGGGGGCGAGCCAAGCUGCUCUGCAAAAGUUCCCCGAUGACGUGAACCCCGCAACCAAGGAGAAGGGGGGUCCUCGGGGACCAGAGCCCACCCGGUACGGAGACUGGGAGAGGAAGGGCCGCUGCGUCGACUUCUAGUUCCGCACACAUAAAAACAUCAUACCUAUGUUAUGGAGAUGUAUAUUUUAAACUGUCGCCUGUUCACUCAAGUGUAAGAUCAGGUGAGAAUGAGGUUUGAACUGUUUCUGAUUGUGACUGUAUUAAUACUAACAGGGAACACGUAGAACUGUCAGCAGACUAAUGGACAUCUUAACGAAGUAGAUCCUGGCAAUGUUUAAAUUAUUUAAAAAAUGACAAACAUUUGAAGCUCCAAGACAUGUUUUGCACAUUGAUUGUGUUUGACCAUGUGAGCUUACCAAAGGAAUGUAUCAAAUACAACAAUAAGUUAAAACCAGACAUCUGUUUGUUUUUUUCCAGAAUACUAAUACUUUCAAAGACACAAAUCCUUUUAUUAAUAAGUUACAGGUUUGUUUUUGCCAUUGCCAAGACACAAAACAACUUGUACUUGUCGAAAAAUCAUUGAAACAUUUAACUCCUGUAGCAGUGGUAUGCUAAACCAUAAGCGCAUUAUCUCUUUUAUUUAGCAAAUAACUACACUCGGUUAUCUAAAUUUGACACAUUCAAAACUAAAAGCCUGUGUGUGUGUGUUGUUCCCUAACACCCCUAAUGAAAUACCCUCACAUAAUUACCAAUGAACUGCACCCAGAAUGCACCUGGGAAAUCACCUGUAACCAAUUGGAUCGCUUAGAAAUCAGAGCUUGUGUCUGAUACUGUAAUGAGUAUUGACAAUAAACAAAUAUUUCUGUUC